AAGGCAAAAUUUCCCUCUAAUUCACUACUGGCAGCCGCCCCCUUUCCUCAGCAGCUCACUUGCUAGUAAUCAAGUCUUUCCUGUUCUUCCAAUUUCCUCCCUUCGAUUGCUUCUCUUUAGACACUUGUUGAGUUGCGUUCUAAAAUGGGUGAAAAAACAUUUGAUGAUGGUGGCCUAAAUGUUUCAGCCAUUGAAACUAAUCCGUCUAUGGACAAACAAAUUGAAGGGAUUCAUGGUAAUCAGAAUUCAGAAAGUAACAUCGCAUGUAUGACACCAGAGAAAGCUGAUGAGUAUUUGAAAGGAAAAUUGAAAGAAGAAGAGAUCAAACUUCAAGAAAAAUGCCAGACAAUUGUAGAGUUCUUUACUUGCUUGACUUCCUCGAUGAGGCUGCUUAAAAUGAGAAAGAAGAUGUCUACCUUUCACAAUGUAUCCCGUCAGGUGUCGGUUAUGACAAAAAGAAUGUUUUUGGACAAACAUCUAGCACAAAUAGUAUAUAUCAUUCCAGAAGCUGUGAAUAUUGAUAAAGUGAUGAUUCAUGACAAGAAGACAUCGUGCAUGAAACCGGAAAUGAUAAUCAGUCUUCAAUUAGAUGUUGUAAAAGGUCACUCUGAGCAUUCUGAUUUUUUGGCAUUACACAAAGUUUUUGCUUCAAGGGUAUUAAAAUACUUUGCAGUCCAUACAGAGAAAAAUGAAGUUCCAGAGGGGGCACUACCAAAGCCUUUCAACCGAAGAAAAAUAUUCUCUCUUGACCAAUUGUCUGAUAAUUCUCCUGAAAGAUCUCGACCAACAUCCAUAGAUUCCGAUUUGACUUUAGAAGAACUUUGUCCACAUUCAUCCUUGAAGAGACAUUUCUCUAAGAAAUCCAUUUCUAGUGUAGAGAUAUCGGAACCGGUUGCAUCUUCUAUUGUUUUUUCACCAUCCAUUCCAGCUUGUAGCAGCUUGAAAGAAGAGGAUACCAAUGAUAAGUUGCUUGAAGAUAUUCCGACACUCUCUCCUCAAGUUGCUGCGGCUAAUUCUUCUGAAAGUCCUCUUGUUAAGUCUGUCCUGUCUUCUGCUUCUAGCAGCAUUAUGACACAAACACCGGUACAGUUGACACCAAAGAGAUCAAUGCUGCCAAGUUCGGAGGUGAAAACGAGGAAACCUGCAAGUGUUGGAAGUGUAUGUAAACCUGCAAAAAGGUUUCUCAACUUUUCUGGCAUGGAAGGUGAUAAUGGCAAGUCAAGUCUAGGUGUGGAUGAUUUGCAAAUCCCUGGAAAGAAGAACUUUCUCGAUGAGCAUUUCGAAAAGAAGAAUUAUACUAGUAAAGAAGUAAUUAGUCAAGAAUCAUCUUCUUGCUUGCCUGAACUUGUUUGUGUUGUCUACAACAUUUUCAAGUCUGUGAAUUGCUCUUCAAUUACCAAGGAGGAGCUCGUGCACAAGAUUAUAAUGAAUUGUCUUGAUAUUACUGAGAGAAGAGAAGUGGAAGAGAGAAUCGAGCAGCUCGAGAAGUUGGUUCCGAAUUGGAUCUCCAAGAAAUUGACAAUUAGCGGGGAUGUUACUUUUAGCAUCAACACGAAGGAAGACUUAGAAUCGGUUGUGGCGAAAACAGCUCGCAUUUGAGAAGUUGCCAAAAUGGGGCCUCCACAUAACACAUAGUUUUGAGUUCGUUAUAUCUUUACGGUCAAAUUGUAAUUUUGGUCAUGGUUUGGAAAAAAGUUGUAAUCUGGUCUCUACAAGAGUAUUUAUGAAACCAUUGAAAAUUCUUUCCAUGGCAAUUUUUUUGAACAGGUUUUCAUAGGAGCUAAUCAAAUGAGAGUUGCUUGAUCUCUAUUUUUCA